AUGUCGCUGCUUCGACCGUUCCGGGCGACGGAUCUGUUCAAGUUCAACAAUGUCAACCUGGACCACUGGACGGAAACGUACACACUGUCGUUCUACCUCUCGUACCUUGCGCAGUGGCCCGACCUGUCGUUCCUUCAGACCGCGCCCUCUUCGGGACGGACGAUGGGGUAUGUUAUUGGCAAAGCCGAGGGUCGCGAGUCCACCUCUUGGCGCGAAGCUCCUACACUGCACGGCCACGUGACGGCCAUAACGGUCGCACCCGAGUACCGUCGAUUGGGACUGGCCAACGGCAUGAUGCAUCUGCUCGAAGACGUCUCGAACCGCGUCUACAAUGCGUACUUUGUGGAUCUCUUCGUAAGACCCAGCAACACCACUGCCGUCACAAUGUACGAAGGACUAGGGUAUGGCGUGUAUAGAACAGUCAAGGACUACUACUACAAAGGCGGCAAGGACGGUGGAGACGAAGACGGCUUCGACAUGCGAAAAGCCCUGCCGAGAGAUAAGGACAAGAGAACCGUAAGGAGCAAUGGCAGGAACUUUACCGUACAACCAGAAAACACGAUCUUCGAACCAGCCUAUCGACCUUAA